AUGAAAAUGCAACAAUUCACGAAGGGGGAGGAUGCAUUUUUGGUUGAUAGCCAUGAAGCCGCGUCUUUGACGUUCUCGUGUGAAGCGGCAUGCGUGUGCGGUGUCGACGGCGCCCCUUCCGAGCAACAUGCAAAGGAAGUCAACUUAGGCAAUGCUAAGGUCUCCACUGUUGUAAAACAAGCGGACGGGACGCGACAACUUCCAGUCGAUGACGCCUUACUGUGUGACACCGGCAACACGAAGGUCAUUUUGACGGGAUCGCAGGAGGAGGAGGAGGAGGAGGAGGAGGAGGAAGCAGUGGGAGAAGAGGAGAGUGAAAAAGAUGAGGAGGGUUUUGAAGAGGAGGAAGAAUAUGAGGAAGAAUCCGACGAUGAGGAGGAAUAUGAGGAGGACGAAGAGAAUAAAGAGAGGUCGGAAGAAACGGCGGAAGGUGAAGCCGAGGAGAACGAAUACAUUUUUGAGCCACCUGGUGAUGGGGGCAAUGACCCCAAAAUUAAGAAGGAUGUAUUCGUCAUUCAUGGCAAAAAGUACGCUGCAUCCGCCUUUAUAAAAAAUGCGGGUUUCAUGAAGGUGCAGAAGAAACUUCGUAGGAAUCCUAAGACCCCGCUCAUAAUAUGCUCGCGUACUAAGGUGCACAACGUCAUGGAGUGCCAGUUUCUGCAUUUGACCAACCGUGCUGUGUUGGUGGGGGACCGCUAUGUGAGGAUCAACAUGUUGCUGGAUAACCCGGCGAGAGUUGCCCUACUUAAAAAUCCCUUGUUGGCGGCGAAGGCGACGUUUUGUACUGUUGCCAAUGGUGGACAUGAUGCUCCCACGUGCUCUGCAUUGCACCUUUUACCAGGCAUUGUUUUUGUGGGUGGUCCGCAGCUGGGUGUCGCCUAUUUUGCGACCGAGCUUCACGAUAACCUUGCGCUGCGGCGACUGAGGGACGAUGCCAACUCUUGCGGUCGUUGGUGUAGGAAUCAGCUUUCUCAUGUUGUUCUGACAUGUGCUUUUGUGCACUACAACCGGGGAAAGGUGUACACGGAGGUUCCGCGAGAGCCAUCGCGGCCCCUUGCAGUGAUACCAAGCCUACGCCCACGCGCACCAAGACCGGCAGGAGGGAGAGAGGGCCGCGGUGGCUCGUCACGGGGUAGAGGCAGGGGUGGAAGAGGACGCGGUAGGGGCGGAAGAGGACGUGGCAGUGGUGGAAUAGGGCGCAGAAUGAAUCGUGGCCGAGGUGGGCAUAGCGAUGUUGAGAGUGCCCCGCGUCCUCAUGUGGCGACGGCGGCACCUGCUAUUUCUGAUAUGAUGGAUUCUGGCAGCAGUACGUUGCCAGUUGAUACUGUGGCUCCCAUGCUCGAGGAGAGGGCGCAGGAACAGAAGGAGCGACUACUAAAUCUUUUGCUGGUCGUAUUGGUGGUUUUUGUUGCCAUGCUCGCCUAUUUGCUUAAUUUUAAUUAA